GUGAGCGCCCCCUGUCUGACAGAGCUAAACACUGGUCUUCCCAUGGAGGAGAGGAGGAGGCCAGAGAAGAAGAUGCUGUCAUCCUCUCCUUAAGCGAAUGAGCGCGUUAAUGGGCUCAUUUUUAAACCUUCUUGCGCAAAUAACCCAGUGAUCUUUGCGCUCUGUUUGAGUCGUUCAGGACGAGGACGAUGAUGAUGAUGGCGUCCCGCUGCACAGUGCAAGCCGUGCAGGAGUUCCUGUCGGAGAGAGGAGGGAGGGUCCAACAGAUGGAGCUGAUCGAUCAUUUCCUAUCGCUGAAUGAACAGUCGAAGGAAGGGGUGGAUCGCGAGGUGCUGAAAAGCAUUGUUGACAGCGUGGGUUUCGUGAAGGUAGAAAACGGCGUGAAAUUUGUGUGUUUGAACAGUGAAGGCAGCGGGGCGUCGGUGAUGCGUACGGACGUAGAUGGCCACGACGGUGCGGAGUGCAAUGGCAACAUCCAAGAGACGCUGGACAACAACUGUGUCAACGGCAAUCAUGAUAAGGGCGACCAAACAGGUGUCCACUUUCCACUGGACAAUGACAAACAGACAAAUGGCAAUAAGAAACCUGCAACCCCAUCCCAGAGCAAGACCAGCACAGGAGUUCCUAUCCCUGGUGGAGGAGGUGAAGUGAAGCUGAGAGACAGAAGGAGACGAGAGUCAGCUCCAGUUCUUGGGAUGCCAGAUCUCGACCAGGCCCAACCUGGAGGAUCCCAUAACCAGCAGACAAGAGGGGCACGCAGGGUGUCUAGAGGUUCACAGCGGGCCAUGCUGACCAGCUGCCUGUCUGAAGACAGUGCUCUGGAGGGACUGGACCAUAUAGGAGAUAUCCAAACACCCAAAGGAAGUCGCAGGAACUUCAUAGAGCUGAUGAUGAGUAGUUCUCCUCAGGUGCGGAGAUCUCUGAUCAACCGUGGGUCACGCCUCCGGGACUCGGUUAAGAGCGAAGGUGACUCGGCGUCCCUCCUCUCCUCAGCCACUGACGAGGACUGCGCCUCGGUAACCCUGGACCCUCUAGAGCACGAGUGGAUGUUGUGCGCCUCAGACGGCCUGUGGGACAGCCUUCAGCCCCUGCUUGCUGUCGAACCCAGCCUGGUGACCAAGAGAGACUUUGUGACUGGUUUUACCUGCCUCCACUGGGCAGCUAAGCAGGGCAAAGCUGAGCUGCUGUCUCAGCUGCUCACCUUUGCCAAAGAGAACACUAUACCUGUGAAUGUGAAUGUGAGAUCAAGUGCUGGUUACACACCGCUGCACCUGGCCGCCAUGCAUGGACACACCCAGGUGGUUCGUGUCCUGCUGUCAGACUGGGAUGCAGACCCUGAAGCUCGAGAUUACAGCGGGAGGAGACCAAUGCAGUACCUGUCCCCACCGCUGGCCGCUGACCUGCUGGAAGAAGGAGUGGUCACCUCACCGGGACCUGAGUCAGACAGUGAGAACAACAACAGCGGCAGCGGCGGAGGUCGGGGCUGGAGAUUUGCCAAAGUCCUCCAAGGGAAUCUGAACCCGCUCCGGCUGCUGAAUUCACCAACAGAGGCAUCAGAAGAUGGAACGGGGAACGGGAAGAGUAAAGGGGGGAUGCAGAGGAAGACGUCUUUGAGCCGACUGAAUGCCCGGCUGCACAGAGGACGCCACAGAGCCCAGAUCAUCCACAGCGCCUCCUUCAGGGACACAGGAGAGGUGGGAAGAGGAGAGGAGCUACACAGCAGUCCUCUUCGAACGAGACCGCUGUCCAACCUGUUUGGAUAAAUCGACACCACUCUAAGCCAGCGACACAGAGCUGUACACCACCCCCAGGUGUUUUUAUUUGUAGCAUAGGUAUCUUUUUUUAUCUGACAGGUCAGAUAUUUUAGUGACAAAAUCUAAAAGUGCAGAAACUAACACAUUUUACAAAAUUAUGUUUUCUAAAAUUCUAGUUUAUUUUUGUUCCUGUUGCAGUUAUUGUUUGUCACUGAGGGAAGGGUACAGUCACGUGACAGUUUAUUUGCCUUGGCUACUGUGAAUUCUUUCAAACUUGAUUUUGUUCUGACUUUUUUUCCCCUUUAUUUAAUUUGGACAACUAACAUCACAAACAUAGUUUAAAUAUGUUACAGUACAGUUAUGUUCAUAAAAAUGCAAAAGCAACAAGCAGUAUUGUAGAAAGUUUUCACUUUGAAGCACUUUGAUUUGUUUCCUCACCGCGUUUCUGUUUGCAGAGUAAUAUAUUUACACACACUAUUAGUCUGAAAUUAGAUGGUGCUGACGUUUUGGGUUUUUUUGUACAUUCCUGUAAUGUGAACAAAUAUUUAAUUUUUUAAAGUGGCAGAUUUUAAUAUUCAGACAGUUGAAAUUGCAGAUUUUUUUUAUAACGAGCAACAGUGUACAGUCAUCAUGUUUGCACUUGUCACUUUUUAAAAUUGGUAGUAGAAAAAUCCAUUUGGGUCCCAGAUCUAUCUAUUUUUUUUUUAAUUCUAGUUAUAACAUCAAAAGGGGAUCAGAUUUUUACCUGUUUAAAUGCAAAGUUAACUGAUAUUCAAAAGGGGCUUGGUAAGUUAUUUCUCCAUUCAUUUUUGUUUAUUUAAAGUUGGAACCAAAAAGAGUUAGGUUCACUAAUGGGGAGAUAUUGCUAAGAAUUGUUUAAUUGUUUCCAAUUAGUUAUACAAAAACACAGAUUAGUAGAAGCACAGUCACCAACUUUAUAUACAUUUUUCUACUGCCGAUAACGUACCUCAAAUUUUCUGAAGCUAAUUCACUUGUUUCUACAUUGCUUUGUGUGAGGUGUGUAUGCAAAUGUUCAGACACUGAUAUUUAGAUAUUGCUCUCUGAAUGUCAGUUGCAGAGUUUUGCUUUGUUAUCUGACAUUUCAUUUCUAUAUUUACUCCAAAUAUGUGACACAGGAUUCAUUGGUUCAUAAGGGUAAAGGUUCAGGCAACCACGGUCAUAGAUAUCCGCCGGAAACAGCGACAUCAUAUGAAACUGAGACAAAGUCAAUAUUGUUCCCAUAUAUUAGUCUGACUUUGCAUGCACACUGUCAUCUAUUCAUCAAGCUCUGUUUUCUCUAAGGACUCUGGCCAGAAUGUGCCAUAGGUUUAGCAGCGAUUUCUCAAGUGGUUUCCCAAAUAUGUGAACCUUUCUUCCUCCCGAAUUUCAUGAAUGUUCUGUUACUAAUUUGUAGCAUUUGUACUUUUAUCACGGCGAUUCGUGUCAUUCUAUGUCUUGACACUUUUGAUGUAGAGAUUUUAUGUCAUUUUCUCAGCGGCAUGAGUAGAGGAAAUGGAAAUGCAGCACACUGUUGAUUCUUAUGUCUGUAUAAAGAAAAUGUGUUUCCAUUGUAAAACGCUGUGAAGUGAUUGUGUGGUGUGAAAUCACUGUUGACGAGCCACUUUUGUUUUUGGAUUAAUGUCUUAUCCAUACAUGUGAAAUAAAGAAGUUUUGUUUUUAUUUACAUAAACUAAAGUUUUUAAGUUUGUCAACUACACUGUAUCGUCCCAUUGAUGCAAGAGAAUGACUGUAUAAAGAAACGGCCUCGGUAAUAAUGAGAAGGUUUAAAAUGUAAAGAGCAGCUGUGAAUACUCAUGUUAACGUUACCAGGAUAGAUUAAAAAUACAAUUGAAGCGAGUCGCUUCAUCCGCCCUUCCUGCUGACACCAGCUGAUUGUCCUUGCCUGUUGGUGCUGAAUAAUUGAUGAUCUGACGACCCCAGCUUUGCUCCGGCAUUUACAGUAUAUCCACAACUUCCUGUCCACAUAGCCCACCAGACAGAUUAACAUCCAGUUCUUAUUUUGCACCUCUUGUUAUGCAGACUGACCUAAAGUCAACACUGCUGUUGUUGGGAUAUAAACUCUAUUUAAUCCAUUUUUGCAAAUACUUGAAAAUCUGAUUUUAUCAUGUUUAUCUUAAUAUACUUAAGAGAACCUAAGAGGACAGUCAGUUUUGUGUUUCCCUGUUAUGCUAUUUUUGUCAUUGGUUAGAGAAAGUAUAGAGUACAGAGGAAUUUAAUGCCCACAAG